UUACUUCAAAAACUAUUUUAAUUUAAUGAUUGUAUAAGUCGUGACUAUUUUGUGUGUAUCUAUUACAAACAUAAUGAGUGCUGUCCACGAACCUCUUCGGUACGCUCAUGAUGAGGGACAUACAGAUGUUUGUUAUACAGAAGACGGAACAAAAUUUAUAACAUGUGGAGCAGAUGGAGAUAUAAGGAUUUGGUCAACAAAUGACAGUGAGGAUCCUAUACAUAACUGCAUUGGAGAGUGGGCAUUAUCCGUGAGACUUAGAGGAAAUAAUGUAUAUGUAGCCACAAGUAGUAAUGAUAUUCAAAUUCUCAGUUUACCUGAAGGGGAUCGAGAUGGUGUUUUAGAUAGAUUUGUGGCACCGAUUAAUCAUAUUGCAGUUGCAAAAGGUGGCAAGUUGAUCGCAUUAGCUGGAGAGGAUAUGGAAGUAAAACUAAUAAAUUUAGAAAGAACAAAUAAAGAAGUGACUGUAUUUAAUGGUUUGGCAGGCCCUUGUUUGAGUGUAGCAAUAUGUCCUCAAUCAAAAAUAUUAGCAGCAUCUUCAGGAGACACCAUGUUACGUUUAUGGAAUAUUGAAAGCAACGAGUUACUUAAAGAAAUUAGCUGUUUUCCUAAAGUUAACAGUUUUUCAAAUGCAAAAAUUUUAUGUAGAAUAGAUUUUGAUCCUGUUAGAGGUAACCACCUGGCAUAUCCUGAUAAAAGUAAUGUUGUCAUUAUAAAUAUCAACAAUUGGAGUGAAAAAUCGAAUUUAACAUGUGAUGAAAUAUCAACUUCAUUUUCAAUAGUACAGUACUCUCCAGGUGGACAGCAUAUUUUAGCUACUACAGAGGAGGGUGAUUUUGUUAUUUGGGAAAUAUCUUCCGAAACUGUUGUUAGUUUAAGCAAACAUCAAAAGUCUAUUGGUAUUUGUGGUCUUAUGUGGAAUCCAAAAGGAAAUGGGGAAAUAGUAUAUACUGACAUUGAGGGUCAAUUGGGACGUAUCUCUAAUGCAGUCAAAAUAGAUUCUGUUCUUGAAAUUGAACCAGUACCAAUAGAAGAUGGUGCUUGUUCAGAAGAUGUGGAUUUUGAAGAGGUCAUGUUCGAUGAUGAUGAGGACAAUGAAAAUGCAAUUUCAGUUGAGAAAUUAAAGAGAGAAUGUUUGGGAAGCCCUGAGUCAGAAUUUAAAAAUCUGGAUGAUGAUUCCCUACAUGUACCUACUCCAAGGCCACGUACACCAGAAACUCCUCUCCAGUCUCCUUUUAUGCCUUCGUCGACUCCCGAUCACUUAGACCCACGGUAUCUAUGCUGGAAUGACAUUGGAAUUAUCAGGAGUUACGGAGGUGUUGCAGAUGAAUCUGCCUCGAAAUCAAUUGAAGUUGAAUUUCACGACUCUACCUUUCACAACAGUAUGAUGAUGCAGAACUAUCAGGAAUAUACAAUGGGUUCACUUAGUAAAGCUGCCCUUGCAGUGGCCAAUUCCAGUCAAGUAAAUGUUAUUCCUCUCGCUGCUAGUUCGAAAGAGUGGCUCCUAAAAGUUGAGGAACAUGAAGAAAUAGUAGUAAUUGCAGUUUCCGAAAAUUUAGUUUGUUUCGCAAUGGCUAAUUACAUUGUUAGAAUAUGUUCAGUUUUCGGAACCCAGAGGGCUGUCGUUGCUCUGCCUGGUUCUAUAGUCACCAUGGUUGCAUUUAAAAAUGUCCUUAUGGUGGCAUAUCAUUCAGGUAGUGUCAGGAAAGGCGAUCAGUGUAUUAAUAUAAGGUUGAUAAAAUUUGAAGGUUCUUCUAUAGACAGUAAGGACAUUGGUUCAGCGCUGGGUCCUGAAUCCACUUUAAUGUGGCUGGGGUUCUCUGAUGUCGGUACCCCUGCUAUGAUGGAUUCUUUAGGUAUGUUGAGUUUAUAUCCUCAUAACAGCAAUAUCUGGAUCCCAUUUUGUGACACGAAUCGACACAGUAAAAGUCUGUCAGAUGGAUUUUUCGUGACAGCAGUGUUUGAAUCUUAUCAAGCUGUCGGUGGGAUAAAAUGUAAAGGAAGUAUGUAUCCCGGAUUUGCGCCAAGACCAACUAUGUGCGAACUGCCCUUAGAACCACCAUUUGCUGAAGCAACAACUGAGAAAACACAAAUGGAAAUGAAUUUAUUUACUUGGUCUAUGCUACAAGUUAGUGAUACUGAUAAGAAAUACAAAGAGACUGCACUCAAGACUUUUGCGUUAGCUUGUAAGAAUGAUUUGGAGCAAAGAGCAUUGGAGUUUAUGGAAAUUCUAGCGAAUCCGCAAAUUCUGACAUUAGGGUUGAAAUACGCUUCUAAAUUGGAUAAAAGGAGAUUGGUUGGAAAAUUAAUGGAUCUUGCUACAAAGUUGUCUGAUGAAACCGAUGACUUAGGAGUUCAGGAAAUAGCUACACCCGAACCGACAAAUGUGAAACCAGUCUACAGGAAGUUAAGCCUCAGUGCUGCUAAAUAUUCAAGAAAUAAGUCUCAAAGAACUCAAGAGGUGUCCACACCAAAUGUAUCCCAAAAAUCUGAAAAAUCUGAUAUUGUAACACCCAGUAACACAGACUAUAAUGUAGAAGCACCAAAUGAAUCUACACUUAAUACUCAAGAAUCACUUUUUCAUGAGGAAGAACCUAAAAACCCAUUUCUCAAAAGUCUCAAGAAAUCAACUGUAAAUAUUACUACGAAUCCAUUAAGUUUGACUGAUAAAUCUGCUGGUGUUGUUUUCGAGAAGGAAAACAAAAGUAGAAAUGGCGAGGCGCGUGAGAAGAGAAAACUUUCCGAUUGUGAAAAUACGAAACAGAAAGAAAAGCAAAGAAAGCUAGAUAGUUUUAGAUUUACAAAGCAUAGUUAAUUUGAUGUUAUACAUAUAAGUUGUUUAUUUGUUUUUACGUCAGUUUUUAUAUAUAUAUUUAUCUUAAUAAAUCGACUCGGCAACAAACCUGCAUAAUCUUUAAAAAAAACUGAUAUUGACCUAGGGGUCAGUUUUUUUUGGAGAGUGGCUAAACCUUGGUUGAUUAUCGGGCAACCACUUUGGGAGUUAAAAAAAUGUUAAAUAUACAUACUUGAUGUACCUAACUUCCAAUGGGUGUCAAAUUCAUACAGAAGCUAUCGUUGACCUUUAGAAAUGCAUAUUAACAGAAUUUUUGUUUCAAGUUUCUUUUUUCUUUGUAACUUUCUUCGUUCAUUGCUGAACAAGCUAGUGUAACUUUAAACUGCACGCUAGCCAUAAGCUUAUACUUUUGGGACUUAUACUAAAUAAAACACAACACUGCACUGUAUGAAUUCUUUUCGAUUCCAGCAAAAAUAUUUUUUACGUAUCCUAUGAUAAACACCUUACUAAUAAACUGAA